AUGGUCGCCCCAAUUCUCGCCGCGUCGGCCGCGCACCCGAUUCCGACGCACGACGCAGCGAACCAUGUCGCGGAGCCGUCCAUUACGUCCAGAGACACCAAGGGCGGUCGCAGACUGUGGUACUGCCUGAGGGUCAUUCAGCAGCCGGAGCGUGCGAGAGCCUGCGGUUCUGGCCCGAAGUCCUCGGCCGAUCGCCGCCCUGUUGAUCCUCCUCCCGUCGUGGAGCUGCGCAUCUACGAGGGCCAAACCUGGGAGCUGGCACAGGAGAAGGACAUCACGUUCGUGUACAAUGCCAACUUCUUCCUCUUCGCCACCCUCGAGCACGCCCGCGUCAUUGCCCACGCUCGGGGCACCCCGUCGCCCAGCAACACGCCGCCCGUGCUGACCGGCAUGCCGGUUUCGGGAAUGGCGUACCUGGACCGUCCUGUGGAGGCCGGCUACUUCCUGUUCCCGGACCUGUCGGUAAGGCACGAGGGCCGGUACAAGCUGACCUUCAACCUAUACGAGGAGACCAAGGAGGACAAGGACAAGGACAAGGAUUUCGACGGCGACAGCCAGCCGCCUAUUCCCGGCGUGAACCCGGCCACGGGAGGCUCGUUUGAUUUCCGGAUGGAGGUCAAGUCGCAGGAGUUCAUCGUCUACAGCGCCAAGAAGUUCCCGGGUCUGGCCGAGAGCACGGCACUCAGCCGCGUCGUUGCUGAGCAGGGAUGCCGUGUCCGGAUCCGCAGGGACGUGAGGAUGAGGCGCCGCGACGGCAAGGGCACUGGGGACUACGACAACGCCGAGGACGAGUACGCGCGCAGGAGGCGGACCGCGACCCCGGACUCGCGACCCGACUACAACCGGGCACGAUCGAUGAGCGGCAGCACGGAGCGCACGCCCUACUCGGCCACCGACUCGCAGCGCCGGCCGUCCCUUGUUGAUUAUCCGCCACAGUACCCGGCGAACCCGCCAUCAGGCGGCCACCUGCAGUUUCUGGGCGGGAAUGCAAGCUCGCAGUAUCCCGCUGCACCUCCGCAGCCUUACGCGCAGCCGCCAUCGGUUCCUGCGUCGCCCGUAUACCCGUCAUCCCAAGCAUCCGGGUACCCGAUGCAAUCCUCAUAUCCGCCUCCGCCGCCGCCGCCACCGCCAGCGCCGAGGUCCCACAGCAGAGAGCGGACGCCGUCGCAAUCAGGCUAUCCCCCGCUCAGCCCGGCGCCGCCGCGCCAAGAGAGUGUCCAGCAAGACUCACGCAUCCAACUCCCGCCUCUCAGCCAGCUCCCGCUCCCGCUCCCGCCUCCCACGCCGAAGCAACGGUCAAUGGCGCCGCCAAAAGCGCAACUCCUCCCGCGUCUGCAAAUUGACCAACCCCGGGCGCCGAGUCAUCUGCCGAUCACCAUGCCGAGCCCGACGGCCCUGGCUUCCGCCGCACCUCCUCCUCCUACGCCUCCUCCUCCUGCUCCUCGUGCGUCGCCAGCGCUGGCGAACGGCAUGGGCAGCAGUGGCAGCAGCAGCAGCGGCCCGCUGCAUCCGGCCACGCUGCCGCUGCCGGCGCAGUACGCGGGCACGAAGCGCGCGCACGACCAGUCGUUCCGGCACGACUCGGACCAGCAGCGCUACCUGGACGGGGCGCGCGACAAGGGUCUGUCCGAGGACAUCACGACCUAUGUGUCGUGGUCGUUCCGCCGCGCCGACGGCAGGCACAGGGACGCGAGAGCGCUGGGCCUCUAA